CGAUUAUCAUGAAAAAUAAACGUCAAUAUGCAACCCGUUUUAUAAACUUAGCCACACAAGUGUCACAAAUUAAUCAAAUGUCAUUUCGGAGCACUAUCCAAGUUACGCAUUCAUUCUUAGAUUUUUUAAUUGGAGAAGAUUCAUCAUUAUCGAUUUCAGCUCAAUCUGUUAUUAGAUGGAAUAAGGAAAUUAGUGAAAUUCAUGUGAAUAAGAUGUUUAAUCGAAGUAGUUGUUCAGAAUAUUUCACUUUUGGAAUAGCAGCAGAUGAAUCGACCCGGGGUCAACAUAAAAUAUUUGUGUUGUGUGUAAUGUUCUGGAACUCCAAAGAUAAUAAACCAGAUUUUCAAGUAUUGUCAAUGAAAGAUUUAAAUUCUUGUAAGAGAAAAUCAGUUGCACAAGCAAUAUUUGACACGUUUAGUCAUUUUAAAUUAAAUGCACAGCAAUGCUUUGUAUGCAUCUCAGAUAAUACUAAUUAUAUGAGUGGCAAAGCUGGAGGCGCAAUUUCAUUAUUUAACCAGUUGAAUAACGCAAACCUGUUUCGAAUUCCAUGUGCAUUUCACGUUGCACGCAUU